AUCACGCGUACAGUGAAGCAGUGCUGAGCAGGUACAUUUCUACCAGCAUGCGCCGAAAGGCAGCAAAAUGAAAAAAAAAAGUAAAGGUGGGGCCCGUGAAACAGUGACGUAGUAAGGUUCGGGAUAUGUAAAGCAGUAAGUAAUCUACUGCUAAUGGAAAGGCGAUGAAGGUUUCAAAGAAUAUCACUCCGCGGAUAUGUUUGUAGCUGUAAAAGAACCGUUCAAGUACGCACCCAACGUGAUGUAUCCGUCUAUAUAAACAGUUAUUCGAAGAUACAUGCGCCUCUCUCACUGCAGACGUGGUCGGGAAGAUUUUUACGGUGUACAAGAACAGUACUACCUUUCGCGCUAGAGAAGCGGUCGCCUCACGCUGUCACUUUCACCCAUCAGAACACCACCUCCUCAGCUUCUAGUGAAAAUUUGCAGGUUAAAGACAGCGAAAACAGGAAUCUCGCCCUCUUGUCGGCGCAGCGAUCACUAUAGUGUGCACUUGCUGACGACUACGGCGGCUACCGUUGGUGCAGACCUCCUGGACUACAUCGCCGUCUUUCGACGCUCUGCUCCGGAAUGAUGAGCCACUUGCCAUGUGCGAAGUAUUAUUUUUUAUUUGUAGUAUCGUGGAUGCUAGUGAUGUGUUUGUUGUGUCAAGGCAGAGACUCGGAGCUGACCCUAACCGUGAAACAGGUCCAAGAGGCCUACGAGGCAGCCUCGUCCGGCAAGUUGAAGACUCAAGAUUAUGCGACGAUGCCAAGCGACGGUCCUCGGUAUUCGCCGUCGCUGCGUCACCAACGUAACCGGCCUGUACACCCGGACUCAGGGCUCAUGGACGCGGUGCAGAUAUGGGACGAAGGGGCACUGCUGCUGCUUAUGAAAUGGAACAACGCAUCCGCAAAGGAGGUGCAACGAGCCGUGUCCAAGAUGGACCUAAGCAAAUUGGAGGCGGUGUUGACGCGCAAGGAACUCUGCGGUCGGCUGUACCCGACCAAGUGCGACGCAUCGGCGCCUUACCGCACCCUGGACGGCUCCUGCAACAACAUCAAGCACCCCAGCUGGGGCAAGGCCCUCAGCUGCCACUCGCGCAUCGCACCACCGGUCUAUUUGGACGGUGUCUCCGCGCCCAAGACUCUGUCCCAGUCCGGUAAGCCGCUGCCCAAUGCCCGCCUGGUGUCCAAUGCCCUGUGGAACCUACAAUCAUCGCAGGGAGCCACCUACUCAGACCGGUACACGCACCUGGUCAUGGCCUUCGGGCAGCUCAUCGACCACGACCUGGCCCUGACGCCAGACGCGAGAGGAGUCAACGGGUCCCUGCUGGUGUGCUGCGGCACCAGUAACGAGACGUCGCCGGCCUGUUUCCCGGUGAACGUUAGCAGCGAUGACCCCUUCUACGCCCCGCUGUCCGUGUCGUGCAUCAACUUCGUCCGCUCUUCGGGGUGCAGCGACUGCAACGGAAUCAUGCACGAGCGUCGGUUCGUGAACCAGCAGAGUGCCUUCUUGGAUGCCUCGCACGUGUACGGCAUUGAUCAGACGGAGCACGAGACGCUCAGGAACUCCGAUGCCAGGGAGCUGAUGCUGCUAGCCGGAGCCGGCCUUUUGCCGCCAAGCCUGCGGCCCGACCGCGACGGCUGUAGCGACCCUGCCACGGCAAGCUUCUGUUUCCGCGCCGGAGAUGGCAGGGUCAACCAACAGCCAGCCAUCGCCGUGUUACAGAUUCUGUACGCUCGACAGCACAAUCGCGUGGCUCAGCAGCUCAAGAACUUGAAUCCCGACUGGGACCCCGAGACUGUCUACCAGGAAGCCAGGCGUGUCGUCAUAGCACAGCAUCAGCACAUCAUCUACAACGAGUACCUGCCCGUGGUGCUGGGCCGCCGGUUCCCUCCUGCACGGGAACGGCGCACCCGCUACGACGCCCGACGAGACCCGUCGGUGCUGGUGGAGUUCGCGACGGCCGCGUUCCGCUUCGGUCACGGCAUGGUAGACCAGUUCUCGCUGGUUGACGAACAGUUCAGGGCGACCCCCUACUCGCUUGCUGACCAUUAUUUUCUGGUCGAUGACCUGCACGAAAUGGGCACUGUGGACCGGCUCAUUCGUGGCUUGGCCCUGCAGCGCGCCCGCGUGCCAGGACCGUCCCUGUCGGAUGCAGUGCGCGUGCACCUAUACCGUAACUCGAGCAGCCAGGCAGGCCUGGACCUAGCCUCGCUCAACAUACAGCGGGGCCGUGACCACGCGAUUCCGGGCUACGCCUUCUGGUUGCGCCGCUGCCUGGGCAGGCACGUGUACGAAUUCGAGGACCUGCACGCCUUCAUGGAGCCUCACCACGUCAGGGUUCUCGCCGAGCUUUACGAGCACCCCGACGACGUGGACCUCUGGGUUGGCGGCCUGAUGGAGCGGCCGGUGCAGCCAGGUGCCCUGGUUGGUCCCACCUUUGCCUGCAUCAUCGGACGCCAGUUUCGCAGCUUCCAGGAAGGAGACCGCUUCUUCUACAGCCACGGGGGACCCACGGGCCUUACGGACGCUCAACUGCAGCAGGUGUCAGAGUUCAGCCUGGCCAAGCUGCUGUGCGCCAAUGCGGAUGAGCCGGACUGGAUGGUCAUUCAGAGGCACGCCCUUCUCAGGCCCGACUCCGUCUCGAACCCUCUGAUCCCGUGUGAGCUUCUCCCGGACACCGACCUGAGGUACUGGACAAGGGCUUUGGCCGCGGGCUGGGACCGCUAACUUGGACUCGUUCUCUACCAACGGUCAUCCACAAGGACGCGUGCCACAGGUUCGACGCCCGCACCACUACAGGCUUGGCGAAAUCAGCAUCUACACCGGACGCAGUCUGAAACCUGUGGAAGAAAAAGGAAGUGCCUUUCUCCGCUUGCAUAUCGAACGACGGCCAGUGCACGGGUGGGAUUAUAGCUGUGGUGGCGUCAAGCACACGCUGUCUCUCUUCUUUGUCGGAAAACGAAAUAUACGAGAAUAAAGCAAUUGAAGGCGUCUCAGGAGAGACGUCUUUCUUGGCAAAGCCCUCAAAAUGUAAGGAAUAUUUCUGGUUCGGUGUGUCGGUAUCACAAAGCCAAUAGUGGCAUUUAGGCUUGUGUAUUCUCCGUCUUACUAGGUACCCUUUAAUGGCUUCCCUAACCUAGAUUUAUGUUACACAGCGCAAGUUCAUAUGAGACCAUAACAAGGGUCGCCAGCGUGUAGUUGUUGUCCACAACCGCAGUAACCGGUGUUCGUAACCAUUAUCGCUUAAACGAGAAAAGAAGCUUUAAUGAAUAAAAACACGACGGACCCCACAGGAUUCGAAACCGGGUCCCCUACGUGGCAAGCCCAGUCACCGAGCAACGCAGGUGUAUGAAGCUCCGCGGUAAGCUUGCCUUAUGCGGGCUUAACGUCGAGAAAGAAAUCGCGUUAUUAUGAGUAACAAAGCGUUUUAGAACCGCAAAGGAAGAGACAGUCGUCACACAACGCUAAUUGCGUAAUGUGUGGGUGAUCAAACCCUCCAACCUAUUACAAAUGGUUGUUCUUGUUCCCGUAAUAACUGCGGUACAGGCCCACCUGGGGCCUAAUUCUUCUUCAUAAGCCACUGCAUAAAAAUUUGCACUGAAUUUCUUGCAACCUCGUAGUGGACACCAUGAGGGAUAGCAUACUAAAUUCCGGCCUACAACACAAAAAAUGUGAUUGGGAUGUGGGACUCAGGCGGGUGCGUGACCCAGUCGCGUUCCACGGGACGAAAAUAAAGCUAUUUUCCUUCCUUC